GAGAAUUUGGGGUUUGAGAUUAAGGGUAGUGCGGAUGUAUUACUCAAGGAGCGAAGAUGGCGAAAUCCGGACUUUGGAAUAUGUGUUUCACGACAGAGAGGGCGAUCGUAUCCAUGGAACGAUCCGUAAUUUUUUUAUUGCAAAGUUUAAGGAUUCAAUGAAAGAGGGAGAGGUUUAUGCAAUCGGCAAUUUUGUUGUGGCAUACGAUGGGAAAAAAUACAAGACCACACCCAACAAGUUCAAGAUACUUUUUAUGCCAAAGACUCAAAUUACGGAACAUGAUGAUCCUGAGUUCUUGAAUGAUCUGUAUAAAUUCAGAUCUUUUGAGAGCGUGUUGACGGCAAACAUAUUGGAUGAAACAGAAAUGUUUGGUUAGUAGUAUUUCUGAGUUUAUUUAUAUUAUAUUUUAAUUAUAUUUUAAUAUUUUAAUUCCCAUUCCCAUUAAUGUAUAUAUAUAUAGAUACAUAUAUCUGUUUUUUGUUUGCGGUAAUGGAAUUAUGGUUGAUUAUUUGAUGUUUAGAUGUGAUUGGUGUGAUUGUGUCAAAAAGAGGUGUAGAAGACGUGAUGGUAAAAGGAGUGCCGCAUAAAACCAGACAAGUUCUACUGCAAGAUAAUGAAAUGCGGCAGAUACGAUGCACAUUUUGGGAUAGCUACAUCGAUGAAGUUAGUUCGUAUCUGGAUAACAAUACGAAUGAACCAGUCACAUGUAUUGUGCAAUACUGUCGUGCAAACAUGUCUAAUGGU